CGGCCAUGCCGGUGUGGCUGCGGGAGCACAGCUGGCGCCAGACGCUCACCGCCGUGUUCCUCUCGCUGCCCUUGCGCGGCGCCCGGGCCACCCCCAGCAGCAUCUUCUGCAGCGAGCAGUACCUGAAGGUAAGCAUCCCUCCCUUUUUAUUUGAAGCCGUUUUAUAUGCUCCUAUUGAUGACACCAAUAGCACGGCAAAGAUUGGAAAUGGAAACAUUUUCUUCACUUUGUAUAAAAAAGAACCGGCCAUGUGGGAUUCCCUAACUCUAGCAAACACUGACAAGGAGAAACUACAACAUCUGAGAGAGAAUGCUGUUCUAAAAGCCCAAGAAAAGGCAAAAGAGGAGACAGAAGCAAGAAAAAUUACAAAGCAGGAACACAAAAAAUAUGCUUUGGAGGCCACAAUGAAGCUAGAGGAAGCAGAAAGAAAAAGAAUUGAAGAUCUGAAAGAAAAGGAGAGGCAGAAGGUUGUUAAAGAGUUGGAGUUAUGGAAAAACCAGCAAAAAGAUGGUGAUAAAUACAAGAGCAUACAAAAACCGGGGGAAUUAUAUCAAGAAAUAGAGCCAUUAAAAGAGAGAAAAAAUGAAAAAAUGAAGAAAACUCAGAUUCCUAAUGAAGGAACUUCUAAGACCAGACUCAAAUCCACAAAAGGUUCCUGUAGUAUAUUUUCACAGAAUUCAAAGGAAGAGCAGUUACCUGCUCCCAGAGCUGCUGCUACAAUUCAAGUCAGCUUCACACCACGAGUUUUUCCCACAGCUCUGCGAGAAUCUCGUGUUGCAGAAGAGGAGGAGUGGCUACAUAAACAAGCAGAAGCUCGAAGAAUAAUAAAUUCUGAUUUAUCUGAGCUGGAAGAUUUAAAAGAAGAGGAGAAGAAUCCAGAUUGGUUAAAGGACAAAGGAAACAAAAUGUUUGCAAUGGGAGACUACCUUGGGGCAGUAAAUGCAUAUAACCUUGCAGUGAGGCUGAACAAUUCACUUCCUGUGCUGUACCUGAACCGUGCUGCUUGCCACCUUAAACUGCGAAAUCUGCACAAAGCUAUCGAAGAUUCCUCGAAGGCACUGGAACUGUUGACGCCGCCUGUUCCUGAUAAUGAGAACGCUCGAGUGAAAGCCCAUGUGAGACGUGGAACAGCGUUUUGUCAGCUGGAAUUAUACACUGAAGGUCUUCAGGAUUAUGAAGCAGCUCUCAAGAUUGAUCCUAGAAAUAAAAAUAUAGAAGAAGAUGCUGAGAAGAUUCGACAUCUAAUUCAAGGAACAAUGCAAAGUUCUUAAUUAAAAAAUAUAUAAAAAAAGAAACUCUUUGAUGCCUUUGAGAACAUCAGAAGGAAUCUUAUUUCUCUUCAGUGCGUGUUACCUAGACAUUUUUCUGCUUCACUCGGAACAAUUACAAAAUUGGUAAAAGAUUGGAUGUAUUAUUGGAAAGUAAAAUAUUAUAAACAUUAUUAGAUAUAUUUUAAAUAUGUCAUAUUGUCAAAGUUGUAAUAUUUUUGCUUUUUGUUAACAUUCUGUAUUACUCUGACAAUCUGAAACCCUGGACUUGAGGCAGUUCCUUUUAGUUAAGUGCUCUUUCCAAACUGGGACCAUUUCAACUGCAUUUCUUUCAGUAGCAGUUUUAGCAGACUUCUGAAUUUUCUUCAUCAGUCCCUUUCCUGAAUACCAUUUAUGACUGAUUGCUGUCUUUGUAAUAAAGUAUUUAUUAGGCA